AUGAAUUAAUUAUUUUUGAUUAGUUUACUAUUGAUAGGAAUAGAUUGUCAAUUAUUUUAAUUAAGCUUGGGUACAACAGAAUCAUUGAUAAAUGAAUCAACAAGUUGUGCAUGUAAUUUUUCAGCUGAACAUUGUGAUGAAUUUUGUUGUUGCGAUUCUUUAUGUGAUAGUAAUGCAAUAAUCACAUGGGAUUUGGCAAGAAAGUGUAGCGAUAAAAGUAAGUAAAUUAAAAUUAAAUGUAGUAUAUUCAUCUGCAUAUUAAAUACCAGAAUGUAAUAGAGAUUAUUAAAAAAGUUCAAGUGAUUUGUAUUUAGGUUUAAGGAUUGCAUAUAAUGUAUAUUUACAUAUAGUAUUGGCAGCUAUUUAAAAAUCUUGGUUGUGUUACUAAUCAAAACACAUUGUCGACAUUGUAAAAUAAAGAAUUAAAUUCAAAUGAUUAUACUGCUAAAAUAUAAGAGUAAACAACAAAAUAUCAAACAAAACCCACAUUUACAAGUUUGUCAGCAUCAAAUUUCAUUGAAUCCACUAAAAUAAGUAGUUAAACAAUUAUGUACAUACAUCGACCAAGAAAUGAAAAUGAUAAUGGAUGUCAAUAAAAUGAUGUUAGAACUUAUCUUACUUAUCCAGUCAGUAUAUGCUAAAGAUGUAUGUAAUUCUUCAAUAAUCUAAGAGUUGAAAUAAGAGCAAAUGAAAGAGCUGUUAUAAACAGAAUUCAAAUACUCAAAUUAUGUAUCAGGAACAAUAUGGGGAUUAAGUAUAACAAUUAGUGGCACUUACUAUGUAACAUACAAUGAUGCCAUAAAAAAAUACUAAUAUGCUUUAAUAACAAAUGCAACUGAUCCUGGAGAAACUUAUAGUAAUUUAGUCAUAGGUGCUAUAUAUUAAUUUACAAUGGCUGCUAUUCCUAUAGAUGAUGAAUCUACUAGUUCUAAGCCUGUUUCAAUCGAAGCAUCAAUAUUUUUAAUUGAUUUAGCACAACCUAAUGCUUAAAAUAAUUAUAUUAUCCCAUCAAUUAGUGGAAUUAUUUAUAAGAGUGUAAAAGGAGAAGCUUAUGAUAUAUCAAGUAAGGGUGGAUAUGCAAGAGGAGCUCCAUUAAGAUUUAAAAAAUCAUUAGAUAAUACAAAUGAUGAAUUAUUGUAAUAAUUGUUUAUAGGUGUAUAAUCAUAUGAUGUAUAUAUUAAUUAAUAUGUAUAUAGGGAUUAUGUAUUUCAAGUACUACUUAAGACUUAAGUCAUUCUUUUCAAAUAAAAUUCUUAGAAGAUCAAAAAGUUUCCUGUUCAAAAUCAUCUAUAAGUUUUACAUCUUCGAAUAUUUAUAAGAAUGUUGCUGAUAAUUUAAAAUUUGUAGCUAGAUAUGGUGAUUCUGGUUCAAAUAAUUUAAGUACUGAUGAAUGGCUACAAGUAUCUCCUUGUUCUCAAACAGAAAGUAUCUAUUAAUUUUCUCUCACUUUUGGUUAUAUGGUAUUUGGUGAAAAGGGCAAAGAGAGAUUUAGAAUUAAUUCAGCUUCCUUGAUUUGUACAUAAAUCUCAAUUGAUGCUGCUUAAUAUGAAUAUAGAUUUUACAUUUAGUUUGUUGAAAUACCUAAUAGUUGGAUUCACUUUAAAGGACCUUCUCCAUAACUUAUUGGAGGUCUACCUGAUGAUAUUUUAGCUCCAUUUAUUAACUAUGGAUGAAUAUUUAUAUUAUUUAUUAAAUGC